AUGACCUACGGGCUUAGGGCUACCCGCACAACGCAAUCCAAUCCAUCCCGAACGAGACUUGUGUGUGAGCGAGCUUCGACAACCCACUCCCGACAAGUCAACCAACAAACCGUCAAAAUGGUCAAGAAGAGGGCGAACAACGGUCGCAACAAGAAUGGCCGCGGCCACGUCAAGCCUGUGCGCUGCUCCAACUGCGCCCGCUGCACCCCCAAGGACAAGGCCAUCAAGCGGUUCACCAUCCGCAACAUGGUCGAGUCUGCCGCCAUCCGGGAUAUCUCCGAUGCCUCCGUCUUCGCCGAGUACUCCGUCCCCAAGAUGUACCUGAAGCUCCAGUACUGCGUUUCUUGCGCCAUCCACGGCAAGAUCGUCCGUGUCCGCUCCCGUGACGGCCGCCGCAACCGUGCUCCUCCUCCCCGUAUCCGCUACAACAAGGACGGCAAGAAGCUCCAGCCCCCCUCUGCCGCUAAGGCUCUGUAA